AUGAAGGAUUUGGGUUUAAAUUAUGAGAAGAUUGAUGCAUGCAAAAAUGACUGCAUGGUAUACUGGGGCGUGAAUGAAUAUAAGACCAAGUGUGAGACUUGUGAUGAGCCAAGGUGGACCACACCAGAAAGUACUCCGGAUGAGAAUGAUCUUCCAUUGAAAAAAUCUAAUAAAGAUCAGAAGGUGCCUGUAAAAAGAUUCUGGUACUUCCCGUUGAAGCCAAGGUUGCAGAGGUUGUUUAUGAAUUCUAAAACUGCGGUCCUUAUGAAGUGGCAUGAUGAAGAACGAACUAAGGAUGGUAUCAUGAGACACCCAGCCGAUUCUCCAGCAUGGCAAACUUUUGACUACAAUAAUCCCGAAUUUGCUAGAGAUUCUCGCAAUAUAAGAUUGGGCUUGGCAACUGAUGGUUUUAAUCCUUUUAAAACCAUGAAUGUAGCCCAUAGUACAUGGCCAGUAAUAUUAAUGCCAUACAAUCUUCCACCUGCAGAUUGUAUGAAGAAGUCUUACUUUAUGUUAUCUGUACUUAUACCUGGUCCCUCUGAACCCGGCAAUAAUCUUGAUGUAUAUUUGCAACCCUUGAUUGCUGAGCUAAAGGAAUUAUUUGAAGUUGGAGUAACUACAUACGAUGCUUCUUCGAAAACAAAUUUCCAAAUGCGUGCAGCUUUAUUAUGGACUAUUAGUGACUUUCCUGGCCUUGCAUCUAUAUCUGGUUGGAGUACGAAAGGAGAAUUCGCUUGUCCCGUGUGUUAUAAGUUUAAUUUGCCAUACUGGGAAAAAAAUCUUGUACGUCAUAAUCUCGAUGUUAUGCACAUUGAGAAAAAUGUGUGUGAUAAGGUUUUGUAUACAUUAAUCGAUUCCGAUAAGUCAAAGGAUAACUAUAAAGCCCGCAUGGAUUUGAAGAAAAUGGGCAUUAGGAAUGCACUCCAUCCUUAUUCCGAUGAGUUUGGAAAAGAGUGGAUACCGACAUCAUCUUUCACAUUAGAUAAAUCUGAGAAGGAAAGAUUUUGUAAGGUGUUGAAAAAUGUUAAAGUGCCCGAUGGUUAUGCUGCAAAUAUUUCGAGGUGUGUGCACUUGAAACCAACUAGGAUUUUUGGUUUGAAGAGUCAUGAUAGUCACAUAAUGAUGCAACAAUUGUUGCCCCUUUCAUUGCGCAAUCUUUUGCCAAAGUCGGUACGUUCACCUUUGAUUCAUUUGAGUCGUUACUUUAGAGACUUGUGUUCUAAAACACUUCAAGUCGGUGAUUUGACACGAAUGGAAAAAGAGAUUGCUCUCAUACUUUGCCAGCUUGAAAAGAUCUUCCCCCCUGCAUUUUAA